UUUUCUGGGGUCAGUUUUUUUUUUACUUUUUUAUUAAUAUUAUUUAUUUAAACACCAGCAAUGUCUAUGUGACUCGGAAACUGUUUCCAAAUUAACUUUAAAUGUAUCAAGUUGAAGGACUUGAUUACAGAACUAAAUUUCCUGUUAUUGAUCCUUAUCGUCUAAUCUAAGACUGAAUCUAACUCGCAUUCUAGAUUUCAAACCAAAAGAUCCUCUUCUUCCUUUCCUUCCCUGCACUGAUCUUGUCUAGAUAAAAUCUUGACAUGCUUUGUGUGCUUGAACAUGUGAUCAUAUUUCCUAAGAACGGAAGGUGUGUGACUUCAGACGGACCAAUCAGACACAGUCUCUCCUCUUUAAAGUAGACAAAGAGUCAAGCUUUUUGUCAUUAAGCGCCAGGAUCCAAACAUGGUGACACCUGCUCAGUUUGUCUUCCUUCUGACAUGUUUCCCUACAGGGAACAAUGGUAGGUCAAGAUAUUUAAUGUUUAAUGUCUAUAUUACGUUCAUGGAUAUUUUUUGAACUUAAAGUUGUUUUUUCUUUAUUAUUAAUAUUGUUUUAUUAUUUUUUUUCAGCACAGAGUCCUCCACUGGGAUCAUCAUUAUCUGUUCCUAAAGAAAGUGUCUUUGUAUCAGCUCACAUCGGAGAAAAAGUAACUUUACCAUGUUUUUACGACGACUUCUAUUUAAAAUAUGUCUCAUGGUACAAAUAUAUUCUGGGACAAAAACCAAAACUUAUCUCUUAUUUUACUAAAUAUAGUUUUACUUUUACUCUUCAUAAUGAAUUCAACAACAAUCUACGCUUUACUCUAAAAACAGGAAACCUAAGUAAUAAUUUGACAAUUUCUGAUCUGAAACUAUCCGACUCAGCUACUUACUUCUGUAUUGCUGGUUAUCAAACACACCUGAAUUUCACAUCAGCUCUAAUAGUUGAUGUUAAAGGUUCAGAUUUAACCAUCCAGACUUCAGUGGAUCAGUCGUCCUCUGAGAACAUCCAUGCAGGAGACUCUGUGACUCUGAACUGUACAGUACACACUGGGAGCUGUGAUGGAGAACACAGAGUUUACUGGUUCAAAGACUCUGAAGACUCUCAUCCAGGACUCAUUUACACUGACGGAGGCAGGAGGGAUCAGUGUGAGAGAAAGAAGAACACACAAACUCACAGUUGUGUCUAUGAGCUGCUCAUGAAGAACAUAAAUGAGUCUCAUGCUGGGAUCUACUACUGUGCUGUUGCCUCAUGUGGACACAUACUGUUUGGAAACGGGACCAAACUGGACCUCACAGGUGAGUUACAGUGAUUUUUGUGGGCUGUGAACACAAAGUUAAUGUAUGAAAAUAUUACAUUAGAAAUGUGUGUUUUCUGACUCUCAGCAGGUCAGCCAAACUCUUGGUUAGUUUAUUACUUAACUGGAUCUUUGACCAUCAUGAGCGUCCUUGUUGUUUUCCUGGUUUACAAGAUUAAGAAACAACUUUACUGCCUGUCUAAAGGUACACAAACUGUUAAUCUCAGCACAGUUUUCUGAACAUGCUGUUUCUAAAAUGAACAUUUUGUCAUUAAAACCAGAUGACAGUUCAGCGGCCGCCUGUACUCCACACACAGAAGUGAGUUAUUACUUCAAUAUAUUAUAACACCACAUAAUAUUGUCUCGCAGGGUAAAGUUUAUUUAUUUUUUUUUAUUUCUUUCUUCAGAUUGAGAAUGAAGACACAGAAAGCCUUCAUUAUGCUGCUUUAAAUGUUAAGAAGUCCAAAAGAUCAAGAGGACAGAAGAGCGACUCCAACAUUGAUUGUGUUUAUACGAGUGUUAGAAAGCAUUUCUGAAUCUGUUACACAGUAAAUCAGCUGAAGUUAUUUUCUACAAAACCUUUUAUCUACUUUUUGUACGUUACUUUACUGAUUUACUUUUUUUGCCAUUAAUUAUCUCUCUCUAAUGAAUGUGUAUUUAAAGUGCUAUAUUUUUGGGGAAAUCUCUGAAAAUGUAGUUUUGUUAUUGAAAAAGAACAAUAUGUGUGAAAGUACUAUCACUUUGUAAAAGGGAAAUUUUGAAAAGAUAUUGUGUUUCUUUAAAAAAUAAACUCUUACAGUACAAUAAUGUUUGCCUUUUUGUCAUUUUCUAGUGUGGUAACUUGAAAAAAGUGCAGUCCUUUUAGAUUUCGUUCUUACUCUCUUCAAAAUUAAUGAAGAAUUGAAAAA